AUGAAAGUCCUGAACCCCCUUUUCUUCAUUUUAGCCGCGUCCAGGGUGGUGCGCGUGCUUCCAGCGGAAGAGAAUUUGCCCCUAAGUGGAGAGAUUGCAGUCUCUGAUUCAAGUUCCUUGGAAGCGCUGGGACAGAGCAUGAAUGAGGAGCAUCGCACUCUUAUAGCCCUUGAAAAGAGAGCAACGUGCGAAACAGUGAAUAAGGUUAUUAGAAGAAUUGGCCACAACCGGCAUAAGCUUGCCUAUAUUGUCUAUGGCAGCGGGCUUGCGUGGGCGAUAUGUGGGCUCACCGGGCAUGAUGAGUGCGACAAGGUUGGAGGAGCCGUCCUGUUCACCAUGGGUCUCGUCUUCACUGCCGCAGCAGACUACUCAGGCGCAGACCCUGUUCCGGUGCCAGAGCUACCUGGAUCCAUGAAAGUACCCAGUUAUCAGGCGUCCUUGACUGCUGCGUUGUCACAGAGUGACCUCGAGUACACAGCCAUCGACGCAGCACCGCUACAGGAAGCUCCCGAAGAGCACAGCGAAGACGAACCUCAUCUGCUCGAGCGGUUCCUGAUCUGGGGCUUGCGACCGGUCAGCAAUGCUACUGCUCAGAGUGACACUGCCGGCCAAGACAUCUUUGUGCACCAUUACGACAACGGCGGAACUGUACUUCACCUCCCUAUCGGCAGGGAGAGUCUGUCGGCGGAAAACCUCAAUAAAAGAUAUGACCAUCCUGGUCUCAAGAUCUCUUUUACUACGCGCCGGGUGUCUAAGAUGUCGAGACAGCAUCAAACUGAUAUGGCCAGCGGGAUCGCGAGCAUGUGGGAAUACUAUGCCAGAACCACUCCCAUGAACGAGUAUAUCGGGUUUGUAGAGACAGGUCACCAUGCCAAUUUCUACUUUCGCAUUAUCCCUGAGCUAAAGGGCUUUGGCCCAAAUUAUGAAAGUGUUGAUGUGUGUGGUGGUAUGGCUGGAAUGCUCUAA